AUGACCAGAUUGUCGGAAACAGUCUGUGACAUCAUAGAGUUACUCGAUGCGGAUAUUGCACACGGAAAGUCUGGGAUGCUCUCAAUCAGCGGUGAAGAAAGUAUCACUGGUGGUGCGGGUUCAACGAGCAGGAUGCAGGAAUCAAAUAAAAUUAUGCUUCUGUCAUCGUCAGAUGAUAAUAGAUUUGCCGAAGUAUUUUCUUCGGUUAAUACGAUUUUAAUGAAUCUAAUGGCGAAUGUAAAUAUGAGCGGAUUGUUGGGAGCAAUGUUAGUUCUGUUGUUUGCGUCAAACAUUUAUUCGUUCAUAUACAGCGGAAAUGUCAAUAAAUUUCAGAAAUGCGAUUCGCCGCUUCCCACAAAAGUUAUCCACACAAUCCCUUCGGUGUAUCUUCGUGAUUUGGAAGAGCAAGUUUUCAACAUGAGCAGUGGAAAGGUACUGCAUAGCGUCGUGGAUCCCGAGAGUCAAUUUCUCGACACACGAACCCAGUAUCCACCUUAUCCAUGGUUACUUCACUCCAAUCGGCAAUUAUCCGAGGAAAUAAAUUAUGCUCGCAAGAGAGUUGCAGUGAUAAGAUAUAAUCUGUUAUCGACAUUCAGGCAGAUAAACUCUAUUGAUAAAAUAUUAAUAGAGAAUGAAUAUGUCAAUUGGUUAUUGGAUGAGCGAGCGAAGUGCAAUAAAGCGAAAUGGAUGUUUUUGAAGGAUGAUGCGUUGGAUGAGGAAAAAUCGGUGACCGGUGAUAACGACGUUGAAACAAGAAAGGUUGGAGGUGAAGCCUAUAUCGAUGGAAGUGACGAGGAUAGAGACGACACCAACGAGGCGACGCCCCUUCACCAAGAUCAACCAAAUGGAUGCACAAUAAUACCGUAUGAGCAUGCAUUGCAUGAGCAUGCCAUACAUGAACAUUCAUCACCGAUUGCAGAGUCAGAAAACUCAAUCUCUACGUCAGGAUUCUCAACCAAUCAAUUCUCAGACUCAAAUUCUACAAUUCAAUCUCCCGAUGAUGUUCCCACGGUAGAGCCCUGCGACGCAUUCAUCGGACCCGGAAAUGAUUCCCUUCACAACGACACCACUCUCGUUGGUGCUGUUGCGUUAUCGGAAACGACAAAGUCGUCGACGCACAUACAUUCUAUAAUUAUUAAAAAAGCGAGACCUUUUAGAUUAUUUUUCGAAGAGAAUUGCAAAAUGUUGUUAUCCUUGAAAACUCAACUGGCAGUGGAGUCGCACCGUGCUGAACUAUCGACCUCUCCUACGUCUUGCAUAUUUGAUCUUGCACAGUCGGAGAAGAUUGUUUUUCACCUAUUGCUGGCCCUAAGUUUGGCGCUCCUCGUGUAUGCCGCUAUUGAACCUCAGAUCAGAGGUGAAAGUGACACGAUUGUCAUCAAUCUGAUGGAUUAUAAUUAUAAUCCUUUGUACUAA